AUGCCUUUAUCAGUAAAUGAUUUACUAACUGGAAGGAGGCGACGAUUGCGUUCAAAAAGCAUCUGGCCAGCGCUUGUCAUCGCGAGGCAGUGUCCGGAAUACAAGAUCUACCGAAACACGUACAUGACGUUGGAGAGUUGCUCGACUCUUGGCACCGCAAGGAAAAGGCACUCAAUAGAGAUAUGUUUCGGAGAGUACUGCAGAAUGUUCGCUUCCUUCUUCCUUGCUUGUCAAGGUUUAGCUCUGAGAGGACACGGUGAUAGUGCAGAAAGUAACUCUAGACAGCUGAUGCUUUUAAGAGCAUUUGACUGUGCCGAAGUUUUGGAGUGGAUGGAUAAGAAGACAAAUAAGUAUACCUCUCCUGACAUUCAAAAUGAGCGCCUUCAGUUGAUGACCUUGCACAUCUUGCGGCAGGUUAGCAAUAGUAUCUGUAGAAAUGGCUUCUAUACUAUUAUGGCUGAUGAAUGCACAGAUGUAGCAAACAAGGAACAGUUUACAAUCUACAUUAGAUGGGUGGAUGACAGUCUAACAGACCAUGAGGAUGUGAUUGGAUUGUAUAAUGUUGGCACCAUUGAUGCAAAUUGUCUGGCAGUGACUAUCCGAGAUGUCCUUCUGCGCAUGAGCUUGAAAAUGACACUAUGCCGUGGGCAAUGCUAUGACGGUGCGUCAAACAUGACUGGAAGCAAGCAUGGUGUUGCAACUCAACUUCAGGCAGAGGAGAGUCGAGCUGUACUAACGCAUUGCUAUGGGCAUGCACUAAACCUGGCCAUAGGAGAUGCAAUGAAGCAGUCUAAGAUAUGCAGAGAUGCAUUGGACACGGCAUAUGAAAUUUCCAAGCUGAUCCGAUUUUCACCAAAGCGGAAUGCAGCCUUUGACCAUAUCAAGGUAGAAAACUCAGCAGAUAAUGAAGGACUGGCUGUGGGUAUCAGAACAUUUUGUCCAACAAGGUGGACUGUUCGUGGGGAUGCCAUUCAGAGUAUUAUUGACAACUACAAUACACUCCAGCAGCUCUGGGAUGAGUGA